UGAUACCCUCUGGGCUGCGGCGGUUAGUCCUCUCCCGGCCGCCGUCGCCUCCGACAUAUUGCCCGCAGGAGCUGCGGCGGCGAAGCGGAGAGCGCCGGGGGGGAGGAGAUGGGUGAGCAGAGCGGCUCAGGCUCGGCCCGGCAACGAGCGGGUGUGCGGGUCCUGGGUCCUGCUCAUGAGAUACCAGGAUGCCUAUUGAGCUGAAUUAUGCGGCCCUGGAGGAGUUAUAGGCCUCCAGAAACUUAUGUCUGAAUGGGCUCCAGUGUGUACCAGAGCUGAGACCACAAGUCCCAGCCACGAUACUCUGUGACACAGUGAGGACGAAGAGGUCCCAACAGGACAUCUUACUGUCGAAAUCCGCUCUGCGAGCCAGGAUCCUCAGGGGGCUCUGGUGGAAGCCACACUUCCAGUGCAUCAGUGACCAGUGUUCGUUCCCGUACCAGGAGCAGUUCUGGAACAGGCCUCUCCAGCCCGCCUCUGGCCACCCAAACGGUUGUGCCUCUACAGCACUGCAAGAUCCCCGAGCUGCCAGUCCAGGCCAGCAUUCUGUUUGAGUUGCAGCUCUUCUUCUGCCAGCUCAUAGCGCUCUUUGUCCACUACAUCAACAUCUACAAGACAGUGUGGUGGUAUCCACCUUCCCACCCGCCCUCCCACACCUCCCUGAACUUCCACCUGAUCGACUUCAACUUGCUGAUGGUGACCACCAUCGUUCUGGGCCGCCGCUUCAUUGGGUCCAUCGUGAAGGAGGCUUCUCAGAGGGGGAAGGUCUCCCUCUUUCGCUCCAUCCUGCUGUUCCUCACCCGCUUCACCGUUCUCACGGCAACAGGCUGGAGUCUGUGCCGAUCCCUCAUCCACCUCUUCAGGACCUACUCCUUCCUGAACCUCCUGUUCCUCUGCUAUCCGUUUGGGAUGUACAUUCCGUUCCUGCAGCUGAAUUGCGACCUCCGCAAGACAAGCCUCUUCAACCACAUGGCCUCCAUGGGGCCCCGGGAGGCGGUCAGUGGCCUGGCGAGGAGCCGGGACUACCUGCUGACGCUUCGGGAGACGUGGAAGCAGCACACGAGACAGCUGUAUGGCCCAGACGCCAUGCCCACCCAUGCCUGCUGCCUGUCGCCCAGCCUCAUCCGCAGUGAGGUGGAGUUCCUCAAGAUGGACUUCAACUGGCGCAUGAAGGAAGUGCUUGUCAGCUCCAUGCUGAGCGCCUACUAUGUGGCCUUUGUGCCUGUCUGGUUUGUAAAGAACACACAUUACUAUGACAAGCGCUGGUCCUGUGAACUCUUCCUGCUGGUAUCCAUCAGCACCUCCGUGAUCCUCAUGCAGCACCUGCUGCCUGCCAGCUACUGUGACCUGCUGCACAAGGCCGCCGCCCAUCUGGGCUGUUGGCAGAAGGUGGACCCAGCACUGUGCUCCAACGUGCUGCAGCACCCGUGGACCGAAGAAUGCAUGUGGCCGCAGGGCGUGCUGGUGAAGCACAGCAAGAACGUCUACAAAGCCGUAGGCCACUACAACGUGGCUAUCCCCUCUGAUGUCUCCCACUUCCGGUUCCACUUCUUUUUCAGCAAACCCUUGCGGAUCCUCAACAUCCUCCUGCUGCUGGAGGGCGCUGUCAUUGUCUACCAGCUGUACUCCCUAAUGUCCUCUGAUAAAUGGCACCAGACCAUCUCGCUAGCCCUCAUCCUCUUCAGCAACUACUAUGCCUUCUUCAAGCUGCUCCGGGACCGCCUGGUAUUGGGCAAGGCCUACUCAUACUCUGCUAGCCCCCAGAGAGACCUGGACCACCGUUUCUCCUGAGCCCUGGGGUAACCUCAGGGACAGCAUCCAGGCUUCAGCCAGGGGCUCCCUGGCAAGGGGCUGUUGGGUAGGAGUGGGAGGGGGGCAAAAAAAAAAGGAAAAAAAAUCCACCAGAGCUUUGUAUUUUUGUUACGUACUGUUUCUUUGAUAAUUGAUGUGAUGAGGAAAAAGUCCUAUUUUUAUACUCCCAA